UGUUGCUCUCUGGUCUGAAAAUUACGUUGAAAGUUCCAGGUUGACAGAAGAUGAUCUGAAAAAAGCUGGGUUCCACAAGUUUGGAUUUGAUGUGCGGUGCAGUGUUAGACUGCGGGACACGGCAGGUGGCUUCCCGGGACCAUCAAGACUGAGUGCACCGCAGUUUGCAGGAAUAACGAUAGAGAAUACCACCUUAUCUGUAAAAACAAGGUGAAACAAAACAACUGUCUGUAUUUUCAACUGUGCCAUUCAAAUGUGGCACUAAGUUUGGGGAUUGUCGUGUCAAUCUGGAAGUGAGAGCACCACCUGGAGACAACACAGGAUGCAACCCCAAACCAUUGGUACAAACAGACUGCAAUUUAGCUCUCCAGAAUACGAACACGUGGUAUCAUUUCCAAGUCACAGGAGAAACUACGCUGGAUAAUGGAGCAUUUUACAGCUUAACAAAACUGCAUCUGACGACAAUAUCCAAUGAGAUGUCAUUCUUUCAUGAAUACAACGUCGGGAUAGCUACGGUCGAGGUCUCGAAAGACGGAUCUGGGUCUGUUGCCGAUGGGAGUGUAUGCCAUGCUGUGUGUGACCCUCAUAUGUUGACAUUUGAUGGCAGAUACUACGAACAUCAGUAUACUGGUCACUAUGUGCUGUACAAGAAUGAAGAGAAUAACAUUGAGGUUCAGAUGACAACAGCUCCAUGUGGGUACAGAGCAACUCCAACGUGUCCAUGUGCGAUCGCUAUACGUUCAGGACGGACUGUGUUCCGAUUCGACCGGUGUGCUGGCUACCGCGUACCUUGGGAAAUCGGGUUUGCCACAUGUGGAGGCCGCCCUGAGGAGAUGACCGUCUACAAGAAACACAGUCAGUAUCAGGUGUAUUUGCCUACGGGAACAACGAUCAAGGUUGACGUAGGAAACAUUAUUCUGAAUGUGUUCAUCUAUCCAUCCGAGGCUGACAUAGGCCUCACAUCGGGUCUUUGUGGAACACUGACGGGAGACUGCUGCGAUGACUUGAAAUUGAAGAAUGGGGGAUAUGCUGCAGGUGCACAAUGUGGGUGUUACGAUUUUAAAACCUACAAAGACUUUUCAGAUUCAUGGAGUCUGGAUAAGCACAAUUCCCUGUUUGACGACGAAGUUGUAAGGGACCUGAACGCCACAACAGUCUCGGCCUCCUAUUGUACGUGUGAGAUUAAGCCUGAUGAAUCUUCAACCAGCGCCCACGAUAACGUUCUGUGUCCUGCCACCAACGCUAAGCAAUGCAUAUACCCAUCGAACUACAUACGAGUGAAUGAUAAGAAUUCUUGUGCAAUCAGGACAAGACGAAGACGAUCGAUUGGACCGAAUCUUGAAUCACGAAAUCGAAGGUCAACGGAGUGGAUGAACGGAUGGACAGCAGAGUCAGCUGGUGCCUACUGUGAAGAACUCUUUAACAAAUCAGCGUCUGUCAACCAGUGUCAAAACAUUGAUGAAGAAAGCAUAGAGCGGAGUAAAAGGACUGCAUUCUGGAUAUACAGUUGAUGGGCGACACCACCUUCUCGGACAUGGCGGUGGCGACAGCGACGGAACAAUGUGGGAGGAAGGUGAUGAUGAACGCCACAGCUGCUGCUAAAGCUCCUGCAGCCAAUGGAACCACAGCGAGUCAGUGGGAGCAGUUUC